AUGGAAGCUCUACUUGCAAAGGCCGUGACGCUGCGUUCAUUCCUACAAAGUGCUGCUGAGGUCCUUCGUCUCAAUGGUGACGUUACACUUGAGCAGAACCUUUCAAGUGUGACCAACGAGGACGUCUCGAAUGCUUUGGACCAGACAUUUCUCAUCCAGUCAUUCCCUGAAGGAAUUGAAUCAUUCCCUCGAUCACCAUGGAACUGUAAACAAUGUAUUUCACAUACGGAAUUAGUGCAUCAUGUGAUUGAGCGACUUUUGGCACGUAAACGAUCAAUGGACUGGAAAAAUGCAAAUAUCUUGACACUUGGGUAUCGAGAAGUAGCACCCGAUGUUGCAGGUCAUCGAGUCAUGCAGUCGAACGGAAUCAUGUGCUACUACCCGAAUACGCUAGUAGCUGCACUGAAAAAGCCGCUUUGGAAAUCUUUGCACAAACUCACUGGAGACGACCUUAUGACUCACCUGUUGCUGAAUUACACGAUUUUUGUACAAUUGAAAGAUGCCCCAGACUCGUACAUGCAGAUUGCAGGAAAAAGUCUGCGUUUGCAAACGCGGUAUGCACCGAAUUCUGCUCUUGACACUGCGAACCGAGACUUGUCGAUUAACUGCGUGAUGUAUGCACGUUAUUUUCGAAAAGACCGAGUGUUUGCAACCUCGCACGUUUUGGUCAAGGCGUCCAAGACAGGCGAUCCAAUUAGUCGAACUGAAGCAUCGCGGGUACUUCGAUCAAUGUUUACCGAUGCUGCACGGCAGAAACGUUUAUCAAGGCGGUUGAUUAAUUUGAUUCCAACGGUACAAGCUAUGGUGUCAAGAUUCAAAGCAUGCCAAGUUGAGGAGCUCGCAAAGAAUUUGACCCCACUGAACGCUGAAUUCCGCAAGUUCAUGGCUGAUAACCCAGACAUCAAACGCAAAAUUGGUGAGAGAGCAGCUAAAACAGCGGCAUCUCCUAAACCCAUUCUUAUGCCAAUCGUACGCAAAGCUCUAGAUGACGGCUACUUGAGCCAAGGUGAAGUUGUGACACCCAGCUCCGAUCGUAAACGAAAGCGAAGAGAGGAAGCAAUAGAAAUGCUGUCGUGUGCAUCAGCUAGUUCACCGAAACGGGGAAAAGGUGACGCCGAACGCGCUACAGAGACGUACCAAAGCACCAGAAAUGGUAAAGCUCACGAACCGAUCGAUUUGACAAAGCUGCAACAACAUAAGGACAACAUCAAAAAGUUGUUGUCAUUUGCAACGCCUAAAAAGAAGGUCUAUCGGCUCGUUCGCAAGUUUAUUGCUCGCGUUGUACCGAAAGAAAUGUGGGGCAGCAGCGACACAAAGAAGAACUGGAAGUGUGUGAAGAUGAUGCUGCGCAAAUUCAUUUUUUCUCGAAAGUUUGAUAUCUUCUCGCUGAAAAAGUGUGUGGGUGAGCUUCAGAUGAUCCAGGUGGAAUGGAUGAAAGUGCAAAAGGAUGCAAAGUUCUGCCCACCAAACGAACGAGUCAAGCGCCAAAAGCUCUUUAAAGACUUGCUUUGGUGGAUGAUGUCAUUACUGGUCUUCCCGUUAUUGCAAAACUUGUUUUACAUUACUGAAGCCGAGGGAAUGGCAAACGAGAUUGCGUACUAUCAGCGCCCAGUCUGGAAUGUGAUCAGCAUGCUUGCUGUCGAUGACUUGGAAAGAGAAAUUUUGCAACCUUCUGCUAAUCGAACCGCAUCAAGCAACCACAAACAGCGCCUGCUACCAACUUCUCGGCUAAGGUUGUUGCCAAAAGCGAGUGGGAUUCGGCCACUAAUGAAUCUGUCUGCAUCUGCGGAUCGAACAAAGGUCUCAGUAAACAGAUCUAUGGAAUCCGUUCAUCGAAUACUCACGUUUGAGAUGGCGCGACAACCUAAACGGCUUCUUGGAGCAUCUGUUCGAAGUAUUGACGAAAUUUACAAACGACUGAAACCUCUAUUUCGUCAGAUUGCCUCCUGUCCUCAUUGUACAAAGCGGCAACGUACUUCAGGAGGAGAUAUUCCAAUGGCUUACUGCGUGACUGUAGACGUUGAGCGUUGUUUCGAUACCAUUCGACCGCGCAAGCUUUACCAGAUGCUGAAGAAAGCAAUACAAGAAGAUGAAUAUCUCAUUCGCAAGCAUUGGGUUGGUCAUCAAGUCACUCCGAUCGCAUUGUCUAAUGAUAGUGGCACAUCACUGCUGCAGCCUUCGUUUUUCUACAAGCUAGAGCGUCCAGCGUAUCCGUCUGGCGAGUUUCUGAGUUUUGACGAGCUUGUAGCGCAGUCUCCGAAGAAGAAUUCGCUGUUUGUUGAUGGCGUUCUUUACGACUACCUCACAAAAACCAAAGCUCUCGAGUUAUUGAAAGAACAUUUAUCGGCGAACACCAUCGAGAUAGAUGGUCAUGAAUACGUUCAGCAAUGUGGUAUCCCGCAAGGUUCCGUGCUUUCCACGACAUUGUGUAACAUUUAUUAUGCUCAGUUUGAGCGACGAGUACUGCGCAAGCGCUUGCCGGAAGUAUGCGACUCGGUCGUUCUGCCUGUAUCCUGCUGUCAACAUGAGGAGCUGUUUCGCUACACUGAUGACUUCAUGUACAUUACGACAGAUCUGAAGAGAGCACGGGCUUUUUCUGAGGUGAUGCACGGAGGUAACAACGAGUAUGGAUGUUUCGUAAAUCUGUCCAAGACUCAAGCAAAUUUUGAGCUUGCAACUGGGACGGGCGAGCCUGCAAAGUCUGCAACGUCUCGUAGCAUAUCGUGGUGUGGCAUGUUGAUAGAUCCUAGCCAGCUUCAGAUCUACGUAAACUACGAAAAACUGAGCAGCUCGUUGCUUCAAGGUUCAAUUCCAUUUAACGAGACAAAAGCUGCACGAGAAUUUUUUGUAAACAAAGUGGUUCUGCCGAUUCGUCAGCGAUGGCACGCGCUGUACUUCGACCCUGAGUUGUUUUCGGAAGACACUAUCCUCGUUAAUCUGUUCCAAAUGUUGAUCGUGGCAGCACAUCGAUUUUCGACUCUCGUCGAGAUGUUACCGUUUGUGAACCGUGACAUGCAUUUUUUUCACAAAUGCAUUCUUCAAAUUCUGAAGAAAAUGACCAAAGGCAUUCACCACAGCCUGGAACUUGAUGUAGCUGAAUCCGACUCAGCGAAUCCUUCGAGGUCUUACGCAGUUAAACAACACCAAGUACGUUCAAAACUUCAUAUUUGUGUACAUAUCGACGUGUCUAACUCGGUGCACACGCAGGUCUGGACAAUAGGUCUCGAUGUAUUCCAAUUCACCAUCCGUGCCAAACGAGACCAAGUCGAUGCAAAGCAGCGCCGAUUGCAGGGGAAAGCAAAUUGGAAUCAACUGUUGGACACCGUACGAUUCGAACAGGGAAAAUACAGGCAUCGAAUGAAGAAGAACCCGAACAUUGGGCUACGCUGCACUUACGACCUCAACUGGCUAUUGCAUGACGAUCGCAAUGCAUCCGUGUUGAAGCAGUUCCUGUUACUUGAUGUGGACAGCCUAGCCUAUGAGCAAAAGUUAUCGAGAUCUUCACGAUGA